AGUAGAGGGCAGCAAACACAACUUGUUUUCACUUCCUUCUAUUUCUCUCUCGCACAAACGUGAAGUCGAGCGUCGCCCACCUUGAGAAAAAACACCUUUUUUCCCCGGAAAGUGCUGGAAGAAUCUGAAAAGUUCUAUUGGGUACUGGAGACACAGCAUCAAGAUGAUUUUAUUAGAGAUAAAGAAUAGAAUAAUCGAAGAGACACUUCUAAAUAAAUUCGAAGCAGCGGUAGCCGGAGGAAAACCAGAUGGAAUUGACAUUAAAAUAGCAGAUUUCGAUGGAGUUCUCUACCGCAUUUCAAAUCCUGAUGGGGACAGAUCAAAGAUUAGAGUCAGUGUCAGUCUGAAAUUCUACCAGGAAUUAGAAAAGCAUGGAGCAGAUGAGCUUCUUCAACGUGAGUACGGCAACCACAUAACCACAACGGAGGAGGGUUAUAGUGUCUCGAUAUUGUACGACCUCGACAACUUACCGGCCAAUAAGGCGGAGGCGGCAGAGAAAGCGGCACUCUUGAAGAGGAAUUGUUUUGCAUCGGUAUUUGAAAAGUACUUCAAAUACCAGGAUGAGGAGGUGGCUAGUAAGACCACAGCUGUCAUCAAUUACAGAGAUGAUGAAACAAUGUACGUCUCCUCUCAAGGUGACAGAGUUACUGUAAUAUUCAGUACGAUUUUCAAGGAUGAUGAUGAUGUGAUUAUAGGAAAAGUCUUUAUGCAAGAAUUUAAAGAGGGACGUAAAGCAAGUCACACUGCUCCACAGGUCCUAUUCAGUCACAAAGAACCGCCCCGUGAACUUGAGGGAUCCAAUGCAGCCGUAGGAGACAACAUUGGAUACAUCACAUUCGUAUUGGAGAAACGUCAUACAAAACAGAGUGCACGAGACAACACCAUCAAUCUCAUCCAUACGUUCCGAGACUAUCUACACUAUCACAUAAAGUGUUCAAAGGCUUACAUUCAUUCCCGGAUGAGAUUUCGCACCUCAGAGUUCUUGAAGAUCCUCAACCGAGCUCAACCAGAGGACCAGAGUCAGAAGACACAGAAGAAAACUGUUACAGGAAGAACCUUUGUCCAACAAUAGAAUCAUCAAGCAUCACAGAAGAAUAACAUUACUAGAAAGAUUUUAGAGCCUGAGAAAAAGGCCCCGUAACACAAAGCUCUGCUAGUAAUCACAAAAUAACUUUUUGCAAGCGAUUGCAUUAACCACAAUGUACAAUCAAUGAUGAAAAUCGAUUGUAUGAUCUGGGCCCCCCGUCUUACAAAGAGUUACGAUUGAUCCAAUCAGUCGUAACUCUAUGGAAAUCCAUCAGUGUCAUAAUUUUUUUCUACAGGAAAUGUGCACAAUAUCCUUUGUAAGCAAAGAGAAGCACAGUGAAUUUUCAAGACAAUGAUGAAUGCAUGAAUAUACAUCAAAGCUAGAAAAUAUUUUGAACAAACAUGCAUAAUAGAUGGUGGCCAUCCAAAGUUGCAAGUGAUCGGAUUAAUCGCAACUCUUCAUAAGACGGGGCCCUGAUCCUCAGCUUUGUGUUAUGGGACCAGCUUGAGACUGAUAUACUCAGCGUGGAAUCCAUUGUCAUUCACCAAAUCUCACACUACAGCCCCUCCCCCCCUCCCCUCCCCCAUCCAGUACACAUGCAAUCUUGCCCCGUGCCAUCUUGGAAUACAAACUCUCUUGGAGUUUGUAUUCCAAGUUUUGUGACGUUUGAACUGUUCACGGUUAUGCUUUGAGCUCUCCAGCCAAAGCUUGCUUCAAAGUGAGUCAACAUUGCCCCUAUCUGAAUUUCUAAGACUCUUUCGGGCAAAUUUACUUUCCACUCUGUAUGCAAAUACCCAAGUGUUUUGUUCUCAUUAGCAAAAGCUUCAUGCUUCUUCAUCAUUGAAUGAUGUAAAUUUCUGUUACCACCUUAGUUCUUUCUACGUGCAUAAAUAAGCAAAUUUGGUUAUAUCUAAUGAAUAACAGUAAUGCAUCUCAUUGGCAAUAUUAGAGUCCUAGGUGUGAGCGAAAUUCACAUAUUGAUAGGCAAAAUAAAGGGGAGAUGGUUUCAUUGUUUCUCAUUCAUCAUGGGAGUGAGCCAAUGCAUUUGACAAUUGAGUAUAUCGUCGAAAGAAACAGCAAGAACGUGUCUUAGAUAGGAGAGAGAGGGAGAUUUCUCUCUCUUUUUAAAAAAUACAUUUCUUGGACAAACUCUGACCAAAAUAUGAUCUUCCCUGUCUAGUUGCUGGCAGAGACAGACGGAGAGAGAUUAAGAGAUAAUUCAUUUAUCCAUGCAGCUAGUAUGUAGCAGGAAUAUCUAACUUGUCUCCAUUUUCAUUUUUUAAUAUGUACUCUUGGAGAAAAGUUCUAAAUUCACCAAAAUAUUAUCGACCAUACACUGAAGGAAGUAGAUUGGAGGUAGAAAACACUAGGUAUGAUCCAAGUAAAUUUGUUUAUAUCAUGUAUCUACCGAAUUGAGCUAAAUUCCAAACAUUCUGAAUAUAUAUUUUGCAGUUUUUUUGUUGUUGAUGGAGAGUAUUGUACAGUGUAAAAUGAGUCUUGAUAGAAAAUUAUUAUAUGAAGUUUUGAACCUGAACCCUGAUUCAUAAAACUCGCUCUUUGUCGUUAAAAAAAAAAAAUAUUCAACCAAUCGUAAUGAUUUCAGGGUCCUGUUUCAAAAAAAAUUAUUACAAUAAUUUUUCAAUAACAGUUUAUAGCUACUGAGAUCAUGCAAUUUGAUUGGCUGAUAGUAAACUUGUGAUAGAAACUGUGCAUAACAAGUCUUAAUGAAACAGGGCCCAGAAGCUCCUGGUAAUGGUUUUAAUUUGAUUUUGGGUUUAAUAAAUCAUACUAGUAUUCCUUUCGGUAGCUUCAAAACUCUUGAUGAUGCUAGAGUUUUCUUUAUAUACAUGGAAGUAAUCAUCUGAUUUUCUUUCAUACCUUUUUUUUUACAACAAUUUGUAAUUCAAUCUUUGAUGACAAGUUUUGUGAAAUAGGGACAGGAUAUUUCUAGUUCAAUGACUUCUAUUGGGUGCUAGGUUUAGCAUAAAUUUAUUCUGGCUAAUUUUAUGAUUUGUUGAAUUAUGCUGAUUGAUGCAUCGUUGUAUCCAGUCUUGUACAUAAUUUCUGGAUCUGCUAGAAUUAAUUUAAGGACUUUCCCAAUCAUAUAACAAAUAUGAGAUAUUUAUGAAUAUUCUCUACAAGAUGUUCAUGUGAACAAUUUAUAUGGGCUUCAUCCAUAUAGUACAUAUAGCACUAGCAAGCAAGCUCCUUUAUGAAUUUAUCAAAUAAUAUACACUAUAGCAGUGCAUUCUAGUACUGCAAUAUAUUCGUUAUUACAUAUUAUCAAUCACUUUCAACGGUAUAUUGCAGCACUUCCCCCUUUUACAUAUGAAAAGUGAGAUUAUGGGAGAAAGUCGUACUAUCAUUAUGAUUAUUUUUAUGAUUGCAUAAAUCAUGAGAAAAGAAUUUAGUCGGAAUGCAAAUUUAGAAUACUUCUUGGAGCACUACUUAUGUUUAAUACCAUUUUGAAACAUGCAUUUUUUUUAUAGAACUUAUUCUUUUUGACGCAGGUUUGUAAUGAACCUGAUGCCAAUGAAGCCAAUCAGAAUCUGGGUAGAUACAUGUAACUUAAGUAAUUUGUAAUAAGUAUAUUGUCCUAAAUUUUCCGUAGGAUUUAACUUCGUGAUAGAAGUUUUGAAUGACCAAUUGUAGAUAUUGAUAGUUGAUGCAUUAAUAAAGACAAAAUAUUAAUUGAAAAAAAAGUAAGAGAAAUUAGUCAAAUGUGGUAUGCCUUUCAUCGGGAUGAUUAUAAUGUACACUAUUAUUAUUUCAAAGAUUAAUCAAACACAUUGUAGCUUUCAUAUUAAAUAUGUAUCAGAAGAAAUUUCUCA